AAUUUCUGUUUACAGUACUUUCGAGCAAAAAUGAACCCUACCACCGCAACAGCAGAGUGAUACGUUAUGUUGAAAAAAAUUCAUUGCGAAUGUCUCUACUAGCAAAAACUGGAAAGCAGACCGACUCAGCGCAAAAUGUCGGGAAGGUCUCUUCUAAGCAGCUCCAUACAAACGUGCAAAAGUGUAUCUCCGCAUUCAAAGAUGUGGAUAACUCGGAGUACAUGCGAAAUGGCGAUUUUCUUCCGACACGUCUCCAGGCACAGCAAGAAGCUGUUUCUCUGGUGUGCCAUUCGAAGGCGCGCUCCAAUCCGGAAAACAAUGUCGGGCUGCUUACGCUAGCAACGACAGAGGUUCUGACCACGCUGACAUCCGAUGUGAAUCGCCUUUUAGCAAAGCUGCACUCGGUUGAACCGCAGGGGAGCCUGCAGUUAAUAUCAGGCCUACGUAUAGCGCAUCUUGUUCUCAAACAUCGUCAGGGCAAGAAUCAUAAAAUGCGUAUAGUUUGUUUUGUAGGUUCACCUAUUGCAUGUGAUGCAAAGGAAAUGGUGAAAUUAGCUAAGCGACUUAAAAAAGAGAACGUCAAUGUUGACGUAAUUAACUUUGGGGAGGACGAAGCAAAUGCGGAAAAGUUAAAAAGUUUUGUUGAAACGCUAAAUGGUGGGAGAGAAAAUGCAGGUUCGCACCUGGUCACCGUAACUGCGACACCCCACCUUAACGAGGCGCUGAUUUCGUCACCGAUUAUCCAGGGCGAAGACGGCAGCGGCGCCGUACCAGCCGGCGGGUUUGAGUUCGGAGUUGAUCCAAAUGAAGAUCCUGAACUAGCUAUGGCACUACGUGUGUCCUUGGACGAAAUGCGACAGCGUCAGGAGGCCGAGGCUGGUAGUGCCCCAAGAGAAAACAUCCGAUCCGCAACAGCUACUGCGGCCGCUGCGACCGGGGCCGCUUCAGCAGAAGAGGACGGGCUUGAAAAAGCGCUACAGAUGUCGAUGCAACCCGGAGCCGAAUCAGGAUCUACAAGCUCAAAUCCGCCAGCUAGCCAGCGGGCUUCAGAGCCGAACUUUGCAGCCAUGACAGAAGAGGAACAGCUUGCAUACGCAAUGCGAAUAAGCUUGCAGCAACAGGAGCCAAUGGAAACUGAUGACGUUGCAAAAAAGGAUGUCGAGAAAAAGGAGUAGCGUAUUCCGGCGAUAAGUGACAACAAAUGGAUUAAACGCAAACAAUUGUUCGUAAAUAAAUGGAAUGUAUUCACAUAGAUCAAACACUAUAUUCAUCUACAUACGCAACCGAUUAAGAAGUACUGUGUGGUAUUAGCUUAGGGUACACAUAUACAUAAGGAUUAUAUGCAUUCUAU